CUGGGGCCGGACUAGCCCAGCGCGUCUGCCUACCCACAGGGAUUCCCUCUCCAGCCAAUCCAGUCAGAGCAGCGGAGCUGCCCCGAACAAAGAUGGCGCGGGAAGCGUCUGUGAGGGCAAACUGAUCAGAGCACCCAAACCCUCGGCGGACAGCGGAGCCAGUGUUAGCCCCACGGCCCCAACCAUGGAGGAGGGCGGCAGCACUGGCAGUGCUGGCAGUGACAGCAGCACCAGCGGGAGUGGCGGCGCGCAGCAAAGGGAGCUGGAGCGCAUGGCUGAGGUCUUGGUCACCGGGGAGCAGCUACGGCUCAGGCUGCAUGAAGAAAAGGUUAUUAAAGAUAGACGUCAUCAUCUCAAGACCUACCCAAACUGUUUUGUCGCAAAAGAACUGAUUGACUGGCUGAUUGAACACAAAGAGGCUUCUGACAGAGAGAUGGCAAUUAAACUCAUGCAGAAAUUAGCAGACCGGGGCAUUAUUCACCACGUGUGUGAUGAGCAUAAGGAAUUCAAGGAUGUCAAACUCUUCUACCGCUUUAGAAAGGAUGACGGCACCUUCCCAUUGGAUAACGAAGUGAAGGCCUUUAUGAGAGGACAGAGGCUAUAUGAAAAGCUGAUGAGCCCUGAAAACACACUCCUGCAGCCCAGGGAGGAGGAAGGGGUCAAGUAUGAGCGCACCUUCAUGGCAUCUGAAUUCCUGGACUGGCUGGUUCAGGAAGGUGAGGCCACCACGAGGAAAGAGGCAGAGCAGCUUUGCCACCGGCUUAUGGAGCAUGGCAUCAUCCAGCAUGUGUCCAACAAGCACCCAUUUGUGGACAGCAAUCUUCUCUACCAGUUCAGAAUGAACUUCCGGCGGAGGCGAAGACUGAUGGAGCUGCUCAAUGAAAAGUCCCCCUCCUCCCAGGAAACUCAUGACAGUCCCUUCUGCCUGAGGAAGCAGAGCCAUGACAAUCGGAAAUCUACCAGCUUUAUGUCAGUGAGCCCCAGCAAGGAGAUCAAGAUCGUAUCUGCGGUGAGGAGGAGCAGCAUGAGCAGCUGUGGCAGCAGCGGCUACUUCAGCAGCAGCCCCACCCUCAGCAGCAGCCCCCCCGUGCUCUGCAACCCCAAGUCCGUGCUGAAGAGACCUGUCACCUCUGAGGAACUCCUUACUCCCGGGGCUCCGUAUGCAAGGAAGACAUUCACGAUUGUUGGUGACGCGGUUGGCUGGGGUUUUGUGGUGCGAGGAAGUAAGCCAUGCCACAUCCAGGCUGUAGACCCCAGUGGCCCUGCAGCGGCAGCAGGAAUGAAGGUCUGUCAGUUUGUCGUCUCUGUCAACGGGCUCAAUGUCCUGCAUGUAGACUACCGGACAGUGAGCAAUCUGAUUCUGACGGGCCCACGGACGAUUGUCAUGGAAGUCAUGGAGGAGUUAGAGUGCUGAGCUCCUGGGCCUCCCAGCCCUCCAGCGGCCUGUGGGUGAUGGAAGCCAGAAUGACACAAAGCAAUGCGAAGACAAGAUUGCCAUGCAAAUGGAUGGUUUUGGACAUACGAAUCUUCUCCGCACAUACAUGUCUAAAGUUGAGUUUUAUACACUGAAUGUGGAAGAACCGGGUAUCAUAUCUUUUUUAAAAAAUGUCAGUGUAGAAAACAUUUGGGAAGCCGUUUUCCUACAUGAUAGAACUGCCUUACUAGAUUUCUAUUUGUAGCUCUCAUUCAUUGUUUUUUAUCUUAGUUUGCAGAAAGGUGUUGAAAUGCUUCUCUAGCCCAAACAGCGACAUGCUAAAGUCCCCUUCUUCAGAGUCAAUAGAGUAGUUGUUAAAGGUUUUAAAUUGUACUUUCACCAAAAUUAGCAUGCAACUAUUUAAUAGGGAAUCUAGAUUUCACCAAGAUUCAAAUCAAAGCAAUAUUUAAAGGAAUAAGACAUGUUCACUAGCAUUUUCAAGGGGGUUCUAAAGCAUUCAAGUGCUUAAAAGCCAUAAAAAAUGACUUCUUAAUUCCUGCCUUUAGUGUCAACUUUUAAGUUAAUACAGGUUUCAAUUGUGGCAUUAGAAAAAACAAAACAAAACUUUGUGAUGCUAUGGGUGAGGGUAGUUAGGGAGAGACUACGUGAAAUUGUGUGCCCCUAUUUUCUUUCUGAUCCUAAAUCAUUUUGUUUUAUAAAUCAGCUAUAGCAUCUUUCUAGAAUUAAUCCUGAAUGUGUUAAAUGUUAAAAUAGAGAAGUUUGUGUACACACAUAAUUAAAAAUCAACCCUUCUGGCAAGAUUUCACUUUGAAGGUGUCUGUUUUUAAGGGAAGGCUGAAACUUUGCUGAUAUGUGAUAAAACUUGAACUCUAAA